GUGUACAUUUGUUGAAUAGCAUCCAAGCUUGCCUCCAUUCGAUAGAAGUAGAGCAGUUGGUCAUCGAUUUUAGUGAUGUCAGUAGGUACUGCUUUUUUACGGUGGCAAUUAAUGAGAUUGGGCAAUGCAUUUGGCAUUGGACUAGGCAGCAGCGUGUCGAAAAAAACUAGCAAGCUGAGGCUACACCGGCACACGGACGACUAAGAAAGGACUUGAAUACUUAUUUACAUUGGAAAAAGAGAUCAGAUUAAUCAGUCACUCCCGUGGGGCUCUACAGAGGAACGUUGUCCACCACCGCCGGCCCCCGUCUCCCCCACCCACUCAGCCUCCCAUCUACAGACAUCAUGAAAUGGGCUCUAUCUGAAUGGCACUUAAUGUGGAUUUGUAUUCAGUACAGCAGCCAGCAGUGAAGAGAACGAAUCUCUUACAAAGCCGCGUUUUGCCACGCAACCUUAUGAAUUGCUGUCAAAAGUACCUCGAAAGAACUAAAGAUAAACAGGAUUUUUUCCUUGAUGUAUAGUGUUGCUGUUUAGAAAGACGUCCUCUGAUUGAACAUAAAGGGGAAAUUAGUUACAUCAGAGCUGACAGCACCGUGAACUACAUUAAGGGGAACAGUGAUAACUUCUCUCUCCUUACGAGCCGGCGACCAUGGUCCCCCAGAAGGCUGACUUGGACAUUUUGCCAGGUCAGGAUGUGGUGGAGAUGCCAGUGAAGAAGCCGAACAGUGAGCGGGACGAGGAUAGUCCUGAUGGGUCUCUGGCUGAGGGUGCAGGGGGGGGACGUAUCCCCCUGCGCAAGUGGGUCAUGCAUGGAGCUGUCAUGUUCGGACGAGAGUUCUGCUACGCCAUGGAGACAGCCCUGGUCACACCAGUCUUACUGCAAAUAGGUCUUCCAGAGCAGUACUACAGCCUGACAUGGUUCCUGAGCCCCAUCCUGGGCCUGAUCCUCACCCCUCUCAUUGGUUCAGCCAGCGACCGCUGCACCCUGAAAUGGGGCCGCAGGAGACCCUUCAUCCUGGCACUCUGUGUGGGGGUGUUACUGGGAGUGUCUCUCUUCCUCAAUGGGUCCCUCAUAGGAUUAGCCCUCGGGGACGUUCCCAACAGUCAGCCCGUUGGGAUAGUGCUGACGGUGUUGGGUGUGGUGCUACUGGACUUCAGUGCAGACGCCUCAGAGGGGCCAAUCAGAGCCUACCUGUUGGAUGUAGCCGACACAGAGGAGCAGGACAUGGCCCUCAACAUACAUGCCUUCUCUGCAGGGCUGGGAGGAGCGGUCGGCUACAUGCUGGGUGGCCUGGACUGGACCAGCACCAUCCUGGGCACGGCCUUCAAGUCCCAGGAGCAGAUCCUGUUUGUGUUUGCUGCCGUCAUCUUCACCAUAUCUGUGAUUCUACACAUGUUCAGUAUCAAGGAGGAGAGUUUUGAGGCUCGUGAUGACACUCCGGGAGAGGGAGACUCCGACAGCCUGUCCUCUUCAGGGAGACUGAAGGGGGGCUUGGCGGGGCCUCGUAGUAUACCUCAGCUGGACAUUAUAGGAGAGGAGAACGCCCAGUCAGCGAGAGAGGUCUUUAUCAACAUGGACAGGGUGAGGAGUAAGAGUGACUCGGUGCUGGCCAUGCCUGACGCCACCAUCGAGCUGGACUCCGACCUGGACCAGGACGGUAAUUUCCUGGCCGACAUCGAGCCCUCCAUCUUCCAGGACUUCCAGGACUACCCCCAGGACUACCCCCAGGACUUCUACCCAGGCACUCCUCAUAGACCCUACAGCGGUUCGGGCAUCCAGGACCAGGAAGGCCCCCAGCCCCAGGUCCAGGCAGACAGCCAGCUGCCCCUCUUCCUUCAGGACCCCUCCCCCUACUACAGCAGGGAGUACAUGUUGCUUGACAACCAGGCCAACCAGGGAGCCAAGGGCCUCAACAGGGCCUCAGGGGCCACGGCCGUCCCCUCCAACCACACGGCCCGCGGUGCCAACAGCCAGGGCCGUAUGCCAGGCAUGAGGCCGUCCAACACCAGCACCACCGCCGGGUCACGCCGCUUCCCCCACACCUUCUACCGCCAGCCCUCAUUUACAUUCUCUUACUAUGGCCGCGUGGGUUCAGCACGCUACCGCCACCGCAGAAACACCAUGGGCAAUCCGGCCGGCGCCAACCUCCGCAUCAAGGCCUCGCAGAGCAUGAACGACAUCUACGAGCACAUGCAGAGGCGGCAGGAGAGGAGGGAGCUCCAGCAGAGCAGCAGCACGCUGUCCAGCGGUGACUCUGAGAGCGACGACGGGGCCGAGGGGGGUACCACGGUCAAGCUGCUGUGGCUGUCCAUGCUGAAGAUGCCCCCCCAGCUGCUGAGGCUCUGCGUCUGUCAUCUCCUCACCUGGUUCUCUAUCAUCGCUGAGGCCGUCUUCUACACAGACUUCAUGGGACAGGUCAUAUAUGCUGGAAAACCCACAGCUCCUGCUAACUCCACUGGACUGCAGAACUACCAUAAAGGGGUUCAGAUGGGCUGCUGGGGACUGGUUGUCUAUGCUGCUACCGCUGCAGUCUGCUCAGCUGUGCUCCAGAAGUACCUGGACAACUACGACCUGAGCAUUAAGGUCAUCUACAUCCUGGGUACUCUGGGCUUCUCCCUGGGAACCGCAGUCAUGGCGAUCUUCCCUAAUGUCUAUGUUGCCAUGGUGAUGAUCAGUACCAUGGGCAUCAUCUCCAUGAGUAUCUCCUACUGCCCCUACGCUCUGCUGGGCCAAUACCACGAGAACAAGCAGUACAUCCACCACAGUCCGGGGAACUCUCGACGAGGCUUCGGCAUCGACUGUGCCAUACUGUCGUGCCAGGUGUACAUUGCCCAGAUCCUGGUUGCGUCUGCGCUGAGCGCGGUUGUGGACGCGGUGGACAGCGUGCGGGUCAUCCCAAUGAUGGCCUCUGGAGGCUCCUUCCUUGGCUUCCUCACCGCCACCUUCCUGGUCAUCUACCCAGACUCCUCCACUCCCACCACUACGCAGGACCAGGAGGGUUAUGGAGAGGAGGGGGCUCAGGCCCUGGUGGCCCCAGAACCAGGCCCCAGCGGUAGCAGUAUACAGGAGGCAGUAGUCCUGCUCAAAACGACGCCCAAGGGCAGCAGCAGCACGGCAAACCACGAGUCCACUAUUUAACAAAGAAGAAGAGAGGCACGGACAAAAUACUGGUGGCAUCUCCAUAGUCAUAAAGUGGCUUCCUCUCUGUCUCGUUUCUUUCCUCUGCACAGAUAUCUAGUGGAGAAAGACUGUGAACAAACCUUAACACUCACUAGUCGCACGAGUGCCGAUGGUAUGGACUGUUCAAUGAACAUAUUGUUGUGCAAUUCUUGACAUAUGGCUGUUGUACAGAGGCCUUGUGUUUUUCUCCUCCUCAUGGGGUUCCAGAGUUUGUGGUUUCACUGGUUGCGUCCCAAAUAGCACCCUACUCCCUUUAUAGUGCACUACUUUUGACCUGGGUCCAUAAGGCUCUGGUCAAAUGUAGUGCACUAAAUAGGGAAUAUGGUGCCAUUUUGGUAUCAUUCACUGUUGAAAGGCCUGCAGGAAGCAAUAUAAUAAUAAAUAUAAAAUAAUAUGCCAUUUAGCAGACGCUUUUAUCCAAAGCGACUUACAGUCAUAUAUCAGACUAUCCACCUCAUACACAUAGGAGCUAAUGCUGGACUCUCUUUUUUUUGUCAUACACAUAGGAUCUAAUGCUGGACUCUCUUUUUUAGUCAUACACAUAGGAUCUAAUGCUGGACUCUUUUUUUAGUCAUACACAGGAUCUAAUGCUGGACUCUCUUUUUUAGUCAUACACAGGAUCUAAUGCUGGACUCUCUUUUUUAGUCAUACACAUAGACAUGAUCUAAUGCUGGACUCUCUUUUUUAGUCAUACACAGGAUCUAAUGCUGGACGCUCUUUUUUUUAGUCAUACACAUAGGAUCUAAUGCUGGACGCUCUUUUUUAGUCAUACACAUAGGAUCUAAUGUGUAUGACUUUUUUAGUCAUACACAUAGGAUCUAAUGCUAGAGUGCACAUGUGAAUAUUUUCACUGCAUUUCUACAUUGAAAACAUGUUUUGUUGAUUUUAUUUUGUGAUUGUACAAAAUGGUUGGAGUGACCGAAACAUAGUUUCCCCACAGACAGAAUGCUAUAGGAGUCUCUCUCUCUUACUGUGCCCUCACUAAAGAUGCUGCUGCCACAGAGGAUCCAGUUCAGGGUCAUUCGGUUACAUUCCCUAUUAUAAACACCCUCCACUAACUCUAUUUCUACUGUCUAUUGACAUGUAUAUCAUGAAAACACUCAGGGGUAUUAUACAGCACAGAAAUGCUGCAUCAGACAAUAUGAUGUUCAGGUUUCACCAAAGGUCCAAAGAACUAUUCAGAACUUCUUGUAGCUCAUAUUUGCCAUUGACUGGGUUGAGUGGCCUAUAGCCUACUGUUUACAUUAGAGAGUUGGAUAAACAUUUUCAGCCUUAAGAUAAUAAAAUGCUGAAGUCAUGAUGCUUACAUGCUAACACAUGAAUGUUUUAAAAGGGAUAAUUUUGUAAUAAUCCAUUAUAGUAUGCUGCAUGGAAGGAUACUAGAUUUCAUACUACAACUAGUACUUAAAAAUGGUCUAUGACCAUAAGAUGCCUUUGGGCCCAUCCAGCAUUGAAGAAACCCUAUACUGUACUGUGCUGCAGUAACUAUCCCUCUGUUGUUCUGAACCAUCUGCUCCACAGGGUAACGUACAAAAAAAGUUUUUAUGUUUAACAACUGCAAAAGCUGCACAAUAAACUUUAAGACGUGA